AUGGAUGUGGGAUGUGAAAUGUCCAUUUUGCCCUUUGGUCCUCAUUUUGCUUUCAAUUUGCCUCUCACGCUUUUUGGGUGGCGUUAUAUUUGGUGCAGUGGUUUACUGGCUUCAAUAAACAUCGCUGUGUUCCUCUUUGAAAUAGCAAGUCCUAUAAGGAACUCUGACUUGGAGCUGUUUUCUAUUCCACUUCUAUAUGGUGCGAAAAUAAAUCAUUUGAUCGUCGUCAGAGAAUGGUGGAGGCUGCUGACGACUAUGUUUCUACACUCUAGCAUUUUCCAUAUGGCUCUCAGUUGUUGGGCACUUGUAUCAUUUGGCCCUCAUGUCUGCAGAGGCUAUGGUUCAUUCACUUUUAUCUUGAUUUACAUACUGGGGGGAGUUUCCGGCAACCUGACUAGUUUUCUGCAUACACCAGAUCGUACUGUUGGUGGGACAGGACCUGUAUUUGCCAUAAUUGGAGCUUGGCUCACAUAUCAAAUCCAGAACAAGGAUGUUGAUGAUAAGGAUACUUCAGAAACCAUGUUCCAGAAAGCAAUAGUUUUCACAGCUGCUAGUUUCAUAUUAAGUCACUUUUGUCCAAUUGAUGACUGGUCACACUUUGGAUCAGCUAUAACAGGAAUGGCUUAUGGGUUUUUCACAAGCCCAAGGUUUGAGUUGAAAGAUGCGUCAUCUUCUUCAGGAAGAGGUGGCCAAGAAGAAGGGCUCAAACUUGUGAGACAGUACGGUGAUUCUUGCAGAUCAGCUUUUGUAUCCACCAUCUUCGUCAUUGCUCUGAGCUCCUUCCUCUUCUUCAUGGAGCCUCCCCUUAAUGCAUUAGCCUCAGUGGAUGAAGUGAUAGAAGACUACCUGUUAAUUUAUAUGAGUGAGAAUUCUCUGUCCUAGAUAAUUUAUCGCUUUUUGUGUCAAAGAAAGAAAUAAGACAAUAGAGAUGCAGAAUAGAAGUGAACUCUAUACACCCCUUUUAUAUAUGAGUGUGGAAUCUUGAUGAGAAAGAAUCAAUGGAUGGAUAUAAAUUAUAAAGAAAA